AUCUAGAGAAAAAAAGAAUUCAAAAUGGCAGCGCCCACUGAAGAUUUAGAGCAAUCAUCGUCUGAUGAUUAUUAUGCGAUUCUCAACGUCAGGAGAGAGGCUGACCAAGAUGAGCUAAAGUCUGCUUAUAGACGUAUGUGUAUGCUGUAUCAUCCCGAUAAACAUGGGCUGGAUGAAGACAAGCAAGCAGCAGAGGACAUCUUUAAUAAUAUUCAACAGGCUUAUACAGUUCUGAACGACCCUACCAAGAGGGCCGUCUAUGAUGUGUAUGGUAAGAAGGGACUGGAUGCAGACUGGGACCUGGUCCCGAGAACCAGGACCCCUCAAGAGAUCCGAGAUGAGUUUGAGAGGCUUGAAAGACAGAGAGAAGAGAGGAGGCUACAGCAGAGCACUAAUCCAAGAGGAAUGAUCUUGGUUGGAAUUGAUGCUACUGAUGUCUUUGAUCGUUAUGAAGGAUAUGAAGAUGACCACAGUGGUGUACCUGUCAUAGAGAUCAAGAGUAUGUCCAUUAACCAGUCUCUGGACGCUCCAUUGAAUACCUCGGACACGGCUAGCUUCUCUGGUAACCUUGUCACUCAGAACGGCAACGGUCAGGGCAGUAUCUCCAUGUCUAUGAGAAGAGUUACAUCACCACAGUCAUGGGGAGAGUUGCAGGUAUCCGGUGGUUCAGGUCCGUCCUUUGCUUUGAAAUACUUCAAGCAUAUAUCAAAGAGAAGCUUUGUAACCUGCUCAGGUUUAUUCCAAGUCACUCCUAGAGGAUCUGUGGCUCCAGGGCUUGUGUUGGUUGGUGCUCGUCAGUUAGAUCGUCACACCAUGGGCUAUCUCACAUGGAAGGCAGGUCUUCAAUCCUCAAUGAAUUCAAUGGUAGUAAGAGACACCAAAGAUAGCAACAUCUCUUGUCAACUUCAGCUUGGUAUUCCUAACACCUUUGCCAGUGCCUCGUACAGUAAGAAGUUUCCUGAUCAUGAAGGCAGAAUGACUGCUUCUAUCAAAGCUGGAGCAUUUGGUGUUGUGGUAGAGUACGGAGGAGAGAAGAAGGUUUCUAAACACAACCGUCUAGGAGCUAAGAUGAGUAUAGGUUACCCCACCGGCGUCUUUCUUCGCUUACGAGCAAGCAGAGCAAACCAGACCAUCGUCUUCCCAAUCCAUCUAUCUCAAGACAUCAGCCCUCAAGCAAUAUUCUACGGCACGGUGGCACCCCUAGCUAUCUACUGGAUCAUUAAGGUCCUGGUGGUCAACCCGUAUCUACAGAAACAGAAGGAAAAUGAUAUAGAUGAUGAGAGGGCCAGGAAUAAGGAGAUAAUUGAACUGAAGAAGAGAGAAGCACAAGCUGCUGUGAGGCUGAUGGAAGAGAUGGUAAGACGGAUCAUCGAGUUUGAGACGAACCGUCAAGGUAUGAUCAUCGUAGAAGCCUGGUACGGCAAGCUGAUCACCACAAAUAACUCUGCCGAUGAUCAGCAGGCGAAUGGUUUCGUGAUCGAUGUCAAGGUACCUCUACAAUGCCAGGUCAAGGAUUCAAAACUCAUCCUGACAGAUGCUGCCAAGGCCAGUCUUCCAGGUUUCUAUGACCCAUGCCCAGGAGAGGAGAAGCAGCUCAAGGUCCGCUAUGAAUUCCGUCAAACCCUCCAUGAAUGCACCAUCGGUGAUACAGAACAGCUUAGGAUACCAAGGCAAUCACACAAAGUGGAACCAAGCUGAGAACACAUGUUUAUGAACUGAAUUGAUACCAUGGAAAGAGGCAUUUUACAUUUAUACAAAUCCUUCAUGGGCUUUAAUUCAACUUCAUCCUUUUCAUGUGUGCAACCUUCUGUCUACAAUGUACCCUGCCACGAUGUGAAACUUUCCCAAAUUGGAAAGGACGGCCAUUUUCUUGACAAGAAACUAAUUUAGUGCUGUGUCAGUUGUGAUUCAGUCAUUUUGCAUGAAACUUCUGCACAUCUGACCUGCUCAAAAAUUCAACAAACAUUUCAUGAAUUUGACAUUUCUUGUUGUACAGUACUUGCUGCAUCAUACAUGAACAAUAUUACAUCCAUAGGCAGAUUGUCAAGAAAUUUAGUUUUGAUUGAUAGACUUUAAAAAAGAGAGCAACACGGCUAUCUCCGCCAAAUUUCAACAUCUGGACGUUGCUUUGUUAAUUAUUGUUUUGUUGAUGUAAAAUCUAUCAACUUCUAAAUGAUAAAUCCCCUUUUUAGUGGAAGUUUCUUAUCCUGCUGUAAUCUGUUUAAAGACAGUAUUUUAUCAAACUGUUUUAUUUUUUAGAGGAAGCAGGUUAGGGCAUAAUUAAUGGACAUUUCAGUGUGACAUAGAUGUAAGAAUUAUUUUAUUGCUUUUAUGACAGAAAGGAAUACAAUUGCCGAUUGUGCUUCAACAUUUUUCUUUUUUAUGUACGUUUUUACUUUCCUUGUAAUGUUUGACUACCAUAUGUGCAUGGACAAAAGAAAGCUAUUCUUCCCCAUAUGCUGUUAACCACAUCCAAGAUUUUAGUAUAUCAUUAUCAGGGCCCCAUUUCACAAAACUUGUCAUCAGUGACAAAUGAUAGUUUUUGUCAUAAG